AUGGAGCACUGUAAUGCCCACGCUUACGGAUCUGGGAAAGAUAUUUUUUCUGAGGGAGCAUCGUUUCAGCUGGGAGCUCAAUGGAGAGACUGUUGGGCUCUACAGAGAAUCGAACGCUUGGCCUCCGAGAGCGCAGUGGCAAUGUUCAGCAUAAGCUCGUGCUAUAUGUGCCAUGUUGCGAAGAGGCUACUGUUGGAGCUGGGUGUGAGUCCUACUGUUUACGAGCUGGACCACCAAAAUGGAGGCGAGGAGAUGUAUAAGGCUCUGCUCAGACUGAUGGGUACUGCCCAAUCUGUUCCUGCUGUCUUCAUAGAGGGAAAGCUUGUGGGGGGCUUAGAACAGCUAAUAACUUGUCACAUUAGCGGCUCUCUUGUGCCUCUCUUGAAAGAAGUCGGCGCAUUAUGGCUAUGAAAAGCUGU